AGGAAGAAGAAGAAGCAGCAAGAGGCAGAUAUAGAAAUCAUGGAAGUUGUUCAAGUGCUUCACAUGAACGGAGGAGUCGGAGACACAAGCUACGCCAAUAAUUCUUUAGUUCAGAAAAAAGUGAUAACUAUGACGAAACCCGUCAGGGAGGAAGCCAUAACCAAGCUCUACUCCACAAGUUUCCCAGCCAAACUGGUUAUUGCAGACUUGGGUUGUUCUUCAGGACCGAAUACUUUGCUGGUGGUUUCUGAAUUUAUCAAUAUAGUGAGCAAUAUCUGCAAAAAGCUGGGGAGCCAGUCACCGGAGUUUCAAGUGUUCUUGAAUGACCUUCCGGGAAAUGAUUUUAAUACCAUAUUCAGGUCUUUGCCAAAGACGGGGUGUGGCGGUAGUCAUUGUUUCUUCUCAGGGCUUCCUGGCUCUUUCUAUGGCAGGCUUUUCCCCAGCAAGAGUGUCAAUAUUUUCCACUCUUCAUAUAGUCUCCAGUGGCUUUCUCAGGUCCCUGAAGGGCUGGAGAGUAACAAAGGAAACAUUUACAUGGCUAGUACAAGUCCACCAUGUGUGCUCAAAGCUUAUUACCAGCAAUUCCAAACAGAUUUUUCAUUGUUUUUAAAGUGUCGCUCAGACGAAUUGGUAGCAGGAGGGCGUAUGAUUUUAACAUUCCUGGGAAGAAAGAGCGACGAUCCCUCAAGCAAAGAAUGCUGUUACAUCUGGGAACUUUUGGCGAUGGCUCUCAAUGAAAUGGCUUCAGAGGGAAUUAUAGAAGAAGAGAAGGUGGAUUCUUUCAACAUCCCACAAUAUACACCAUCACCAAGCGAAAUAAAAUGUGAAGUUAUGAAAGAAGGGUCAUUUGAGAUUGAUCGGAUUGAGGUGACGGAAGUAAGUUGGGAUGCACAUAGCAACGAAUUUGAGGGAGGAAAUGUGUCACAGUUGCAGUCAAAAGAUGGAGGAUACGAUGUGGCACAGUGUAUGAGAGCUGUGGCCGAGCCUUUGCUUGUUAGUCACUUCAGUGAGGCAAUAAUUGAUGAAGCUUUCAACAAGUACAAGAGAAUACUUGCCGAUCGUAUGGUUAAGGAGAAGACUGAGUUUGUCAAUGUCACAAUUUCCCUCGUUAGAAGUGGAUGAUAGAUGGAAAUGACCAACUCCUACAACAUGCUUUCAUGAAAUAAAAGCGCGUCAUCAAUGAUGCAAUGCAAUGAAAUGCUAUAGUAAUUGUAGGACGCACGGUCCCUUAUGUUAAAGUGUUCUUUUAUGUUUUGUUUAAUGAUUGUGAUUAGUUAUAUUCAAUUUAUGUUCGUCUUAGUAUUAACUUUUUUUAAUAAUAGAAGAUCUCCCGCAA